GUCUAUUUUCUUCUUCUACCCGGAAUUAGGGGUCUGCAAAACCAUCGACAACACGCUCUAAAGAAGCUGUGGCCGGAACACGUAAACUUUUAAGUCCACAGACAAAUCAUCGUCAUCGUUAUAGUCAAAUAAUUCAAGAUGCCAGUCGCUGUAGGUCCGUACGGCCAGACACAGCCAAGCUGCUUUGAUCGGGUCAAGAUGGGUUUCAUGAUGGGUUUUGCAGUAGGAAUGGCAGCUGGGGCCAUGUUUGGCACCUUUUCCUGCCUCAGGGUGGGCAUGCGAGGCAGGGAGCUGAUGGGAGGAGUCGGGAAGACCAUGAUGCAGAGUGGAGGAACGUUUGGGACCUUCAUGGCCAUCGGAAUGGGCAUCCGCUGCUGAGGCUGGUGGAGAACAGCCGUCUCCACCCUCUGAUAUUGUACAGCCAUGGGACUUUCCUAACUACAGCUUUGUCAUCUUCCCAGAUUUUCUCUAGUGCUUUUUUUUUUUUCUUAUAAAAUUUUUAAUUCAUCCAAUUAUUUUCAGAGGAGCUCAACUCUGCUGAUCCAACUGGAGCAAAAAUCUAACCAGCUUCAGUCCCCCCCAUAAACCUGAGAAUGUUGGUUUGAACAUCAUUUAAAUGAUAUUAGACUAAAAAAAGAACACAAAUGUAUCAAAAAGAUGUUUUUCCCCCAAAUUACAAUAAAAUUUAUUACAUAGUA